AUGGACAUUGGGGAUCAACAUUCCGAUGAUGAGGUUGGCUUUGAGGACGCAGAGGAGGUACCGCAGCAUCGACCUCUGCCGUCCGACUUACCGAAGUCACUCGAUGAUAGGCAGCCAAUCCGUCAUUAUGCUGGGGAGACUGAGAUGUACGACGCUUGGCAAGGCCAAUCGCAGUUCCUCACUAGUCCCGUGCCUGCCCAACCGCUUGCUUUCAAUCUCUCACUAGAUGACGAUCGCGACGAUAGCGACAAUGCUACGCAACGGCUCGAGGAUAACGAUACCAGGUUGAUGGAGAUGUUAGCUGCCCAAGCUGCGCAUCGGGAAGAUGGAUCAGCUGCUGGGGACGAAGAGGCAAUUGCUGCAGAUAAGAAGCUUUCCGACACAGAGAAGAAGGCUAUGCUACAGAAGUCACUGCACAAUGCUGCCAGCAACGGGGAUGUAGAUCAGGUCGGCAGAGUAUUGCGGGGUCCUGCGCGCAAAUUUAUCGACAUCAAUGGCCCGGACGAAGAAGGGACGGCACCCAUAAUAUACGCCAGCUGCUUUGGUCACCAGGAUGUGGUCUUGGCCCUUUUGAACGCUGGAGCAGAAGUGGAUAGGCAAGACAAGAAUCAGUGGACACCUCUGAUGUGGGCAAUGACGAAUCGGCAUAAGGAUAUUGCGAAGAUGCUGCUGGACCACGGUGCCUCGUCAACGAUCAAGUCAUCUUCGGGGCGGACAGCGUUUGACUUCGCAGCGCCGAACAGCGAGAUAUCAGACUUUCUACACCAGAACGGGUAUGGCAUAGGAGAUGUGGGCGUCGAUGACUUCUACGACAAUGGCUUCUCCCAGGAUAGGUUCGAGCAAGAGAUGGAGGAAAGCGAGAUGAAAAGGCGUAUGAUGAUGGAAAGCUCAAUGAAUCUAGAAGUCGACCUAUCAAGCUUGGGCAUGGACGAAAGACCGGAAUCACCUGAGGAAAGUGACGAGCAACAAGAUUUCGUGUGGGAUAGGUGUUUAAACGACCAGAUGUUCGUCUUCCAAGAAAAUGAGUUGGGGCCAAUAUUGGACAUCAUCAUCACAACCAUGACACCGCAGCGGUCGCCAUCGCAAAAGCCGGUACCGGCAAAUGUUCUGUUUCUUGCAGCGCGAUACGCCCACUAUCAUGGAAGCCGUGAGCUCUUGGCCACCCUCUUGCUCUCAGCUAUGGAUAAGAUUAAUAUCAAGGUUGAGCGGCACCAGUGGGAUAUGACAGUUCUAGCCUUUUGGAUUUCGAAUGCUACGUUGCUGCUACACUAUCUGAAGAAAGAUGCUGGCCUUGUAGGAGCGACUACUGAGUUCCAGGUCCAGCUAGUAGAGCUCAUCAAUGAGAUCUUCAUUCUAAUUAUCAGAGACGCAGAACGGCGUAUGGACAAGGUCUUGAAGAGCGCGAUUCUUGAUCACGAGACCAUUCCAUUUGAUCAUCUCGAAUUUGCAGGCGAAUGGAACAUAUUCCGAUCCAAGAACAAGGCUCAACCAGAACCGGUGAGCUACAAGCCCCCGCCACCGAACAAGAGAGCUCAAUUAUCACCGAGGAACGUCGCAUCUCUUUUGUCCUCGACGCUCUUCGUGCUUGAUCUCUACGAUAUACACUCCGUCAUCACCUCUCAAAUUCUUGGGCAGCUCUUCUACUGGAUAGGAGCGGAGCUAUUCAAUCACAUACUAUCGAAUAAGAUGUACCUGGCGAGAACGAAAGCAAUGCAGAUCCGGAUGAACAUCUCCGUCCUCGAAGACUGGGCGAGGACGAAUAACAGAUCGCCAGAGCACUACGAGAAUGGAUCGCUUUCGACAUCAGGCGAAAAUACAGUCGACGCGGCUCGGAAACAUCUUACACCUGUCAUCCAACUUCUCCAAUGGCUACAAUGCUUCUCCAGCCUUGACUAUUCGACAGACUCGCAAGAUUCGCUGGAGAAUACUAUAAAACAAAUGACUCGACUCACACCCCAUCAGUUACUCCAUUCAACUAGUCACUAUCGAUACGAGAAAGAGGAGAAAACCUUGCCCAAACCAGCCCGCAAGCGGCUGGUCACUCUGCAAACAGAAUCGCAGAAGCGGUGGGAGCAGAUGCGGCGGGAGCGCGAUAAAGCCUCAAAGAGGCAGUCACAUCCGCCACCACCAUCACCUUCACAGAACAAUCCAGAGUCACUCGAUAAGGCUGGGGGUCAUGCGCUCUCUAAUUCAUCACCUGACGAGCUUAAUGGAGUGGUCCAGCCAGAGGAAGAGGAGCCUCCAUCUGAAAGAUUGUUGAUGGACCCUGCCCACAUGCUGCAGUUCUCUCUACCAACGACCGUUGACAUGCGACUUAGCUACGGUGCUGGCUACGGUGGCGUGAACAAGGAGAGGGAAAGAAGGUACAUACCUACGGUGCCACCAGAGUUCCUAGCAAAGCUGGACCUCAGUGGCAAUGGCAAUGGAAGCUUCAUUGAAGAAAAGGACUGGAAUACGCCGAGUGACGAGAGCUGA